AUGUUAAUAUCUUCCCAAUAUCUUGUUAAAAAAUCUACACUAAUUAAAAAUCCUGUAAUAUAUUGUUCUCAGAGUACGAAUGCAUCUCUUGCAUCAAUACUAUUUCCAGAACCAAAACCAAUCGAUAAAAAUGAAAUUCCAUCAUCCACAUUAUCAGCACCACAAAAACCAACAACAAAGCAACAAGCUCAAAAUGUUGUUAGUUCAGCAGCUGAUGCAGCUGCUAACGUAUUUGGUGCUGGUUGGGGUGCUCUUAGCGCAGUUAGUAAUCGAAUAACAGGUUUAACUAAUCUACCACGUAAGGAUACAGGUACAAGUAAACAAUUAGAAUCAAUAGUACGUGUUGUGACACCGGAAACUCUUGGACAACGAACCAAAUCUCUGAUAGAUUCUGUUAAAGCAGCAUCAUCAACAUUAUCGCAGGCAACAAGAAUCGAAGAGCUUUCAAAUUAUCUUCUUCAUCAGCCUGAUGCAAAUUAUUUUACAAAACAGGAACGUCUUGUACCAUAUCUAUUAUAUUUACGUCGACAUGAGUAUCGAAAAUUUGUUGUUGACAAAGCUUUUAUUGGUAUUAUUAAUGAAUGUCUUACGUUAGCCAAUUAUGUUCAAGAACCAAGAGGAAAAGGUAUUCGACUAUUAUCCAUUGAUGGCGGAGGCAUGAGAGGUCUUGUUUCAAUAAAUGCACUACGUCGAAUUGAAGAUCUUGUUGGUGAACCUGUAUAUAAGCUGUUUGAUUAUAUAUCUGGAGUAUCAACCGGUGCUGUCAUAGCAGCAAUGUUAGGUGGAUUCAAAGUCAGUUUAGAUGAAUGUGAAGAAUUAUAUAAACAUUUUAGUUCAACUGUUUUUCAACGAAAUAAAGCAUUAGGUAUUAGUUCCUUGAUAACAAGUCAAUCGUAUUAUGAUACAAAAAGCUUUGAAAAGUAUUUAAGAUCUCGAAUGGGCGAACGAUUGAUGGUGAAAAGUUCGCUCGAUGCUGAUUCACCAAAAUUCAGCUUAAUAUCUGCAUUAACAGUUCCCAAUGGUUAUAGAUUAUUUUUAUUUCGUAAUUAUUCAAUAUUAAUGUCACCUCAUGCGCAUUAUGAUGGAACAUCGAAAUAUAAAGUGUGGGAAGCCGUACGUGCAUCUACUUGUGCUCCAGGGUAUUUUGAAGAAUAUUUACUUGAUGGCAACGUAUUUCAAGAUGGAGGAUUAAUAGCAAACAAUCCAACAAGUAUUGCUUUACAUGAAUGUAAAUUAUUGUGGCCCGGUGAAGAUAUUCAAUGUGUCGUAUCAUUAGGCAAUGGAAGGCCAACACCUGAUGUUGCAUUUCAAUCGAAAUCAAUGACUUUAAAACAAAAGUUAUCAUCACUGGUCGAUAGUGUAACAAACACGGAAACUAUUCAUGUAUGUUUACACGAUCUGUUACCGACGAAUAUCUAUUUUCGAUUAAAUCCAUUUAUGAGUGCGGAUUUUGUUCUCGAUGAACAUCGACCAGAACGUAUAGAACAAAUGUUACGUGAUACGCAAAAAUAUAUACGCCAAAAUGAAUAUAAAUUUCUUAAACUUGCUCAGCAACUAACAAAACUUCGAUCACCAUUACAACGUUUAUUAGAUAAAUUUAAAAAGCUUAUACGUAUUUAUACAUAA